AUGCGUGAAUACCAUCUGCCCAACUAUGAUCCUCCUGAAAGUGACACCUGGGAAAGGUUCCAUCGAGAGUUCGAUCUAUUUGGAGACGAUGAUGAAGUUAGCAGUAGUUACUCCGAACCUCCUGUGAACCGUAUGCCACCAGUGCCACCUGUGGAUGAGACAGUUGAUCGCAGCACGCAUGCCAGAUCCAGGGAUUCGUUGAAGUGGCGAUGCUAUCAGUGUGGCUCGAAUCUGUUUACUUGGAACACCUCCUCUCAGAAGUGGACAUGCAUGGGUUGUCACAGCGCGGAUUUCUAUGACUCCACGCAACCUAGACGACAUGAGACUGCUGAGGGAUGCUGGGUUUAUGUGCCGAGGACGGGUUCAGAGCAGCAACAGCAACAAUGGGCGACACCGCAGUCUCCACCUUCUGACGGCGGGAUUUCUGGGGCGGAAUGGCAUGACAGCGAAAGCCAUACAACCGAUCCUGUGAUAGAUCCUGACAUGAUGAGCUCAUCAUCUCGAAGAAGACGCCGGAGACGUGGUCGCGUCGAUAAUCAACCGGAAGCCCAUGAGAUGCGUGCAACUGGACAAGAUGAUUUGGGUCUUUCGAGUGCGAAUCAAUCUCGCAUUGUGGACCUUUUGUCACAGCUGGUUGCAAAUCAGAUGAGAACAGACAAUAGCCAAGGUUCGUGGACAUCUCAGCGUGGGCCCGCACGUGGUGUGCGCUGGCGCGGUGGAACACCUCCAAGUCCACCUCUUUGGAAGAAUUCAGCUGACCUUCGUGCUUUCGCGAGAUGGGAGCGCAAGGUGGAAGUUUGGGCUUUGCAGAUGAAAGCGUUCAUGCCAGCAGCUGAUGCCGCACUUUCUUUGUUUACCUCCUUGUCAGGGGAGGCUGAACUGGAGACAGAGCAUAUCGAUCUGGAAAAGGUGCAUUCCAACGACGGCAUCAAGUACCUGGUUGAGACGCUUCGUGAACCUCUGCAACAAAAGGUCCUCUUCCAAAAACGGAAGCUUUUGUCGGACUAUGAGAACAUUUCCAGGUACCCCAACGAAUCAGUUCGGCAAUUUGCGAACAGAUAUGUGCGUGUGGAAAAGGAUUUGUCAGCCUUGGGAAUCAGCACAACUGGAAUGUACGAUGAUGAAGCUCGGGGAAACCGACUGUUGGAGCGGUCGAGACUUCCUUUGGAUCUCCAAAGGCUUGUUUUGAUAGGGGCCGGCAACAGUUUGAAGUUUGACUGCGUUCGAGAAUCGUUGAACUUUCAGUUUCCUGACCAUCGUCCAAGUCCUCCAGUUACAGGUUCUGGUCAAGUCACUGGCAAAUCCAAGGGAAAAGGGUUCCAAAGCACUUCAUCCUCUACUCCUUCGACAUUUUCUCAGAGCUCUUCAAGCACCGCAUCAUCGUCGUCUUCAUAUCGGUCUGGAUCCAAAGGACAGCAUCCAAAACGGGUGUAUCAGACUGAUCAGGUGGACGAAAUGGAACAGAUUCCUGAGGAAACUGGCGAUCAGGUUGAAGAUGGCUCUGAGCAAGAGUUUCAAGAUGCUGCCGAAGAAUGCGUCAAUGACGAGAACUAUGACCAGGCCGAUGAUCCGGCCGAUGGUGCUGAGGAUCAAGAUGAUCCAUCGGAGCUUCAGGACUUAGCCAAUGUCCUGACGGUGACAUCAAAGAAGCUGCAAUCGACCGUUUUGGGUCGCAAGUUCACUGGAAGACCCAGGUCGAUCGAAGAGAGAAAGCGGACCAGUACUUGCUCUACAUGCGGCCAGAUGGGCCAUUGGGCUGGCGACAGCGUUUGCACGGCCUCCAGCAAGGACAAGCCCAACUCCAAAGGAGCUGGAAAGCAUGGCAAGGAUGGCGGCAAAGGCAAACCUGUCAAAAAGGCGUUCAUGGUGGCCUUCCCUGGGGAGCUAUGUGAUGAACCACAUCUUCAAGAUCCAUCAGUUAGCAAUCCAGUUUUGGGGACAAGUUCAUCUUUGGGUUCAAGUUCAUCAUUGUCUACCCCUUCACCAUUGGGAAAUCCUUCCACGUUUUUCACUUUUACCACUGCCCAUAUGGUAGAGCAAGAUCCCUUCAACCUCUACAUCACGGAAGUUAUUGACUUUGCGGGGUACAUGAUCAUAGACACAGCAUGCCAAAGAUCCUGUUGUAGUUCAAGAUGGUUGGAUGUUCAUGCCAAGAUCCUCUCCCAGUAUGGCCUCAAGCCUUACAUGUUGGAUGUCACGGAUGAUUUUCAGUUCGGCUCAGGUGGCAUCCAUCGAGCGUCCAAGCGAGCAUAUCUGCCAGCAGCUUUGCCAGGUCAGCAGUCAAAUGGGCUGUUGUUGGGAGUCAGUGUUUUAAAAGAUGCUCAGAUUCCUUUCUUGGCAAGCAACACCAUGUUGGAGAAGCUUGGAUGUGUGGUUGAUACAGUUAGAAAUCGUUUGAAGUUUGAGUUCAUUGGCGUUGACAUUCCACUUGAUCGCAUUCAUGGACACUAUGCAGUCAGCAUUGUGAAUUUUUGGCAUGGUAUUUCACGUUUACAUGUUUGGCAAGAAUUGUCUUCUGGAAAGUUUUGGAUGGCACCUGACCCGGAAGUGAUCAUUGCAGCACCUGUUGCACAAGAUCUUCCAAUCAAAAGCCCAGCCGAUGAACUCCACGAACGUUCCUCCAGAAUGGCUGAUUCGUUGGAGACGACUGGUGAAGCGGAUGAUGACCCUCUUCCUCCGCACCUUGCGCAGUAUGAGCAGGAUGGUGGGCAUGGGACUGGCACCGAGAACAUGGCUCACCAUGUUGGAGCAGCAACUCAUGAUGGAGGAGGACCGAAUGACCAGGCAGGAGCGAGUACGUCCCUUGCCAGCUCUGUGCACCCAUCCAGAGUUCCGAAGGUAUGGCAACAAGUCGGGCAGGUACAGCCAGUGUCUGCAAUGCCGCCAGACUUUCAAGUUCAACACCGACCUUCAAGGAUGGGAACAAUUUGGAGAGCAGUCGUCACGGCCCUCAUCGCAGUUGCCACUGCCAUCUCCUUCGAAUAUCCUGCCAGCCAAGGGCCGGAGCAAGGGCAAAUCGACCAAGGGUUCCACGCCCAAGGUCAAACCAUCGUCGAGGAGGCCGAGAACUUCCAGCCAGGAGCUCACACCAUGGGAAGAAGCUGGAAUGCCCCAGGACGAGUGGGAACUUGCGAUGAGCCAUAUGCCAAUCGAUUCGGAAGACAACGACCCUUACCAGGACGAGUACCAGGACGAUCCGUACGACUGGGAGGGAAGCCUAUGAAUGAUCAUUGGGAGAUCACACCUGGAGCUUGUAUAAGGCAUCACGUGGAGCCGCGGUGCCAGCUCUUUGACCCAUAUGAUUCAGAAUGUCCUGUCCCUCUCCAUCGCCUUCAACAUGUUUGCGUGGUUGAGAUGCAGCUGCAUGAUGGCAAUACUGAGGUGGUGCGAUAUAACUGGACAACAGGGUCCAGACAGCAGUCCUCAGAGCCUUGGACCGGACGAACCAUCUUCAAGUUCAAGGACAAGACUCCAUGCUCACUGACCAAUGCAACAAAACGAGGUUUGCUGCAACGACUUCGUCAUGCGAUACAUCUUCACAACAUCGAGAAUGUGAUGAUGUCCAGUCAGAAGCCUCGCACCAAGAUUUCCAAGGUUGACCUCUUGGAGACUUUUGCAGGUUCUGCCAAUGUCAGCAAGCUGGCCUCGAGAUGGGGUCUCAAGACCUUGAUGCCUGUGGACUACAACACCGGCUUUGACUUGGCAGACCGAAAAUGUCAGAAGCAGGUUCAAGAAGCCAUUGAUCUACAUCGACCUCUGCUGCUUUUGAAUGAAAUUGACUGCAGACCUUGGACAUUGCUUCAGGACAACACCAACUAUGUCAACAGACCAGAUGAGCUUGCAGCCUGGCGAGCUGAGGUCAGACCCAUGAUCGAAAAGAUCGUCAAAUGGUGCGAGCAACAAGAUCGUGACGGUCGUUUCUGGCUGAUCGAAAACCCUGAAAGGAGCAGACUGUGGGAUGAACCUUCCUUGCGACGAUUGCUUGAAAGAUCAACAUCACACAUGGUGACAUGUCAUGCUGGAGCCUAUGGAGCGACUAACUCCAAAGGCCAGAUGAUCCGAAAAGGUCACAAGUUUGCUGGGAAUUGCCCACAUGUACUUGAUCUAGUACAAGAGCGGCUAUCUCCUGAAGAUCAACGACACUGUGUGCCACUUCAAGGCCAUGAGACCACGUUGAGUCAGGAGUACUGCCCCGGAUUGGUCGAAGCCAUUGUCGACGGCCUCUACAAGACAGCGUUUGAAGUUGACCCUGGACGUUUCCAUCAACCACCACAAGAGUUUAUAGCUUUUGCUGUUGACAACUUCAACGUUGAUGAGGACCUAGACAAAUGGCAGAACAUCUUCGACUCCACUGAGGCACUGUUCAGAAGGACCUCUCACAAGACAAUUGUGCUUUCACACUCUGAUCCACUGUGGCGUGAGAUUGAGAAGUUGGUUCCCUGGCACAGCAUUGAGCGGAUUCAACUUGCUCUCCAACCUGCAUUGCACCGUUUUCCAACACAUGUGCCGCAUACCCACAGGGGUUCAGCCUUGCUAUACAACGAUGGAACGAGACAGAUCGUCUCUGAAGACCUUGGUGACCUUAGAUUUCCCAAGGGCAGAUUCCACAAGCCAGUGAACAUCGGCAUAUUUUGGUUUGGUAUGGCCCUGUCACCAGAUCAACUGCCAGAACCUUCCCAACCUGCACCAGGACCACCACAUCCUGAAGAUGACCCUUUGAAGCGGGCAGACAUCAGAGAUUCCGACAUCACCUUCAAGAAUUCCAUCAACUACGGUGCCGACCUGAAGACUUUGGUCGCACGGAUGCAUCGGAAUCUUGGACGCCCACCAUCAACAGAGCUAAAGAAGUUGAUGGCCAUGAAUGGCAUUUCGAGCCAGAAGGUGCUGUCAGCUGUAGAUGAUUUGGUUUGCGCAUCAUGUUUGCGGACAAGACCACCAACAAAGCCAGCUCCAGCAUCUAUGCCUCGAUCCAACUUCAGACAGUUUGCAGACGAGAUCCAGUUGGACAUCGUCUAUAUCAGGGACGUCGCAGGUAACAAUUACCCAGUCCUUGGAAUCAUUGACGAGUGCACCCAUCUGCAUCAAGCAUGUCUUUUGGAGUCCAGGUUUCCUGAAGAGAUCACUCGGCAGUUCAUUCGAACAUGGGCUCAACCUUUUGGUUUUCCUUUGGUCUGCCGGUUGGACGCUGAUGGCAGUUUCCGAGGAGCCUUCGAAGAGUAUCUCGACACUACAGGAACCUUUACGGACUAUGUGCCACCAGAGGCACACUAUAGAAUGGGCCUGGUGGAACGCCACAAUGCCACCUUGCGAUCCAUUGCGGAACGCAUCAUCGAUGCACAUGGGAUCGUUGGCCCUGAGCAGAUGGAGCAAGCCAUAGCUGCCACCACGUUCUCAAAGAAUGCCUGCACGUGGUCAAGUGGACGUCCUCCGUUCAUUGCAGCUUUUGGCAGAAUUCCUCGACAUGGAGGCUUGGACCUUUUGUCAGAUCAGCAUGGUUUGGCAACUGGCGGCACUCGUGAGCACAUGCAGCAGCUGGCCGACAGUCUCCGUGCAGAAGCCCAACAGCAGAUUGCUGCCAUGAAUGUGGACUCAUCGUUUCGACGAUCACUGCUGCGAAAGGCAAAGCCAACUCCUGAGGAUGAGUAUGUCAUUGGUGACACCUUGGCAUAUUGGAGGUGGACUGCACGAAGCGGCCGCAAAAGAGGUGGCUAUAAACUGGCCCGAAUGCUGGGCUUCGAUCCAGAUGGCAAGUCCCUUUGGGUUCAGUCUGGCACCAACACCAUCAAGUUGGCCCGAGAGCAGGCCAGAAAGGCCUAUGGCUUUGAGGCAUGGCACCCCGAUCCUGCUGAUCUUCGUGCCCUUAGAACAGCCUCUGACAACAUCAAGAAGGGCAUCUUUGAAGAUGAGACGUUGCCCGUGGCCGAUGAUCCAUAUCAAGAGCUUGGCAACGAUGACAACCUCAAAGAAGUCGAACCAGACUUCAUGCCACCAGUCUUUACUCCAGUACCAGAUCCACUACUUGAACAACUUUCUCAAGUACGACAACAACCUGAUUCAGUGCAACCGGAUCAAGGAUUCAUACAACCUCAACUGCCAAACAUACAACAAUCACAGUCAGUAACCCAGCAACAUCAACAUAUCACAAUAGAAGUCACAUCCCCAACAUACAAUCAACAGAACAUUUUACAGCAGCAGCAGAACAACACUUUUGGCAUGACAGCAGAACAGUUGAGACGGCCAACUGUUCGAACACCAGUGCGUCGAGCAGCACGCUCACGUACACCUAACAGAGCAACACCGAACAUACGAGAUGAACAACAGCAUGCACACAACACACCAGCAACCGGCACUGGAGCAGACACACCUCCACUGCCAGCAGUACCGGCAGAACACACAGAGACAGUUGAGAUCUCAGACACAGAACCAGAGCUAGGACAACAGGUCCCAACAACACCUGAAGCUCUGGCACAACAGGCACACCAACAAAGAGCAACAGCCAGCUCUGACACAAGCCGACAAAGACAAGACAAACGACCAGGCGAGCCUUUGCCUGAUGCAACACGCAAACGAGACAUGCCAGAGCAAGCACAACAAGCCAGCGCAGCAGCGUCGGCAAUAGAACCAGCACAGCCGGCAGAGAAGUCACACUCUGCCCUUACAGCAAACAAUGUGACAAGCACAGACUUUUACAGCAUGCAGACCGCCAACACGGUGGUUGGAAUUCAACAGCAUACAAGCCCCAAGCACUGCAGAGCAUUCCGUACAGCACAGCAAGCACCCAUGCAGAUGUCAGACGAAGGCAUCACACUCAACAACAAGCACUUCGACGGCACAACAGACAUCUACAUGCCAUAUGCAUCAACAACAUGCUUUAAGGCAUACAAAGCAAGUGCCGAAUACCAAGGUGAUGGAAUGAGUGAUGACUCAGACGCCUCACAGGAAGACAUGUCCAGCUCCAAGCCUCAGCUAUCUCCACUGACACGCCAACAACAAAAAGCCCUUGACAAAGAAUUACCUUGGCGUGUGAUCGUUGAAAAGGGUGGCGACUACCUGGCUGAGUUUGUCAAAGCGGCACAGGAUGAGGAGAAGUCUUGGAUGAGAUUUGGUUCUGUUGAGCCAAUUGACCAGAAGACUGCAGAUCAAAUCAUGUCCACAGCGAAGGGUCGCAAACGAGUCCUUCGAUCCCGUGCAGCGUAUCGAGACAAAGCCAAAGGAUGUGGACCCCUCCGAGCGAAAGCUCGAGUUGUGGCUUUGGGUUGCUUGGACCCUGACCUUUACACCUUGGUCCGCGAGAGUGCUACUCCAUUGCGGCAGUCAGAGAUGUUGGUUUAUGCCAUUUUCAUUUCUGGCCGAAACAGGAAGAUGAACCGCGAUGGUGCAGUUUGGUAUCUUUGGUGUGGCGAUGUCAAAACCGCCUUCCUCCAAGGGGAACCAGAUCCUCGAGAUGAGCCCUUGUAUCUGGCACCACCAAGAGACCAGAUUAGCAUUCUUGCAGAAGUUUUCACUGCACCCUUGUACCUUGUCAAGGGGAACAUCUAUGGUUUAGUCAAGGGAUUUGCUGAAGAGAUUUUGGUAGCUGUCGCCGUGGUCUAUGUGGAUGACUUUUUGGUCACAUUUUCAGACCACUUCAACAAGAAAGAUCUGCUUAGCCUUUUCAGUUGGGGUUCGCAAAACACGCUGACCACAGACCAGCCAUUGGAGUUCAAAGGCAAGGAGAUUCACCUGCGCUAUGACAAUGAGAGGCAACAAUAUGUCCUUGACUUGAAGCAGGAGAAGUUUAUCCAGGCCUUCAAGAGCGGCAACAUCCAGGGAAAGAAAACUGAAGUUUUGAAACAAGACGAUUUCCCUGAAUACCGUUCAGUGGCAGGAAGCCUUCAAUGGGUCGCAGGACAGACUCGUCCUGAUGUGGCGGCGACAGUCAGUCUUCAUAGCAAAGGCGGCAAGGCGACCUAUGCAGACCUGGCUGCGAUGUAUGAAGCCGUGGAUCACUUGUGGAAGACCAGUGACAAAGGCUUCACCAUGAACCCAGCUGCAAUAGAUGACUCCACCUUGGUCAUCACCUAUGCGGAUUCUUCUUGGGCCAAUGCGGAGAACUACGCAUCGCAACAUGGGUGUCUCAUUUUGUUUGCAGAUGCGAAGGCGACAGAUGUGGCCUCUCCUGCAUGCCUGGUGGAUUGGAAGAGCUCAAGGUCGGGCCGUGUUUGCCGAAGCACCUUGGCAGCCGAAGCAAGCGCUGCAGAUUCAUCAGUGGAUCGAUCCAGCUUUGUCAACCUCAUGCUCUCCGAAAUCCUCCAGAGAACAGCCUCCUUCAAGAUCUCCAAGCCAUUGCGGAUGCUGCAAGUGACGGAUUGCAAGUCAUUAUACGACAGUAUCGGCUUGGAACCUGGUACGACGGCCUAUCAAGAGACCGCACAGAUGCUGCGCCAGCUUUGCAAUGCAACUAACGAAGCUAUUGUGAAGGGCACGGAGGAGGAUGAUGAUGAUGAUGAUGAUGUUUUGUGGCACUAUGACCUCCAGAUGCUCUGAUGGCGGAGAUGAAUUAGCGGAAAACACAUUGAUUUUGGCAAAUGGCUGUUUUGCAGCGCAUUCAGCCCGUCUUGAAUCUGAUUUGCUUUCCUUUUUGACCUACGAUGUUAUACAUAGUUCGCUUAUGUGCGAGAGUGCAGGGAGUAGCAAAAUGUUACUAACCCUGCGCUGGCUUUGUUUUUCUUUUGGGUAUAUUUGUGC